AAUGUUUCUUCGUUGUCCUUAAAUGUAAUUAUUUUGAGUGAAACGCGCGUAAACAACCAUGCACAGGGAGGAGUAAAUUCAUCGUACCUGGAAUCUUUGCGAUUUUUUAUCGUGGAACGUUAUUUCACUGUCAUCGAUUCAAUUCCAUUUUCGGAAAAGCUACGAAGGAAUAAGAAUAAUAAGAAGAUUAAUUAUCGGUGUUGGGCAAAAGUGUUUAAUUAGCCGGAGUCUGCUGUGCCGGUGAUAUAAAGUCGUAAAGAUAAGAGCUGUUGGAAGGGAAGGCAUUGAAUUUGUUUACGUGAAUGAACGGUACAAACAUCGAGAGGAUACUAUAAGCAGUGUUGAGAAAAAGAAGCAAUCAUGGAGGACGGCCAUGCGAAGACCGUUGACGAGGUAUUAAAUUAUUUCAAUGUGGAUUCGGAGAAAGGAUUGUCCCUCGACCAAGUGAAAAGGAAUCAGGAGAAGUAUGGUCUCAAUGAAUUGCCAGCCGAGGAGGGUAAAUCCAUCUGGCAACUCGUAUUGGAACAAUUCGACGACCUCCUAGUUAAGAUUCUAUUAUUAGCCGCUAUUAUCUCUUUUGUACUAGCUUUAUUUGAGGAGCACGAGGAUGCGUUCACGGCCUUCGUCGAGCCCUUCGUCAUUUUGCUCAUUCUAAUCGCCAAUGCCGUGGUCGGUGUGUGGCAAGAGCGUAACGCCGAAUCGGCGAUCGAGGCGUUGAAGGAGUAUGAACCCGAAAUGGGUAAGGUCGUACGGGGUGACAAGGCUGGCGUACAAAGGAUUCGAGCGAAAGAGAUCGUUCCCGGAGACAUCGUUGAGGUGUCUGUCGGUGAUAAGAUCCCAGCUGAUAUUCGUCUUAGCAAAAUCUUCUCGACCACCCUCAGGAUCGAUCAAUCUAUCCUGACUGGUGAAUCAGUAUCUGUUAUCAAGCAUACGGAUCCUGUUCCCGAUCCACGCGCCGUCAAUCAGGACAAGAAAAACAUUUUGUUCUCUGGUACCAAUGUAGCUGCUGGUAAAGCACGUGGCGUUGUCAUUGGAACCGGUUUAAAUACUGCUAUUGGUAAAAUCCGUACUGAGAUGUCUGAGACUGAGGAAAUAAAGACACCCCUUCAACAGAAACUCGACGAGUUCGGUGAACAAUUGUCAAAGGUCAUUUCCGUAAUCUGCGUUGCUGUGUGGGCUAUCAACAUCGGUCACUUUAACGAUCCUGCUCACGGUGGAUCCUGGAUCAAGGGUGCCAUCUACUACUUCAAAAUCGCCGUCGCUUUGGCUGUCGCUGCCAUUCCUGAAGGUUUACCAGCUGUUAUCACGACUUGUUUAGCUUUGGGUACCAGGCGUAUGGCUAAGAAGAAUGCCAUUGUACGAUCGUUGCCUUCUGUCGAAACUCUUGGUUGUACUUCCGUUAUUUGCUCCGACAAGACUGGAACGUUGACUACCAAUCAGAUGUCCGUUAGCCGAAUGUUCAUUUUUGAUAAGAUCGAGGGCAACGAUAGCUCGUUCCACGAGUUCGAGAUUACUGGAUCGACUUACGAACCCAUCGGUGAUAUGUUCCUCAGAGGACAAAAGAUAAAAGGACAGGAUUACGAGACUCUUCACGAGAUCGGUACGAUCUGUAUCAUGUGUAACGACUCGGCCAUUGACUUUAACGAAUUCAAGCAAGCUUUCGAGAAGGUUGGCGAGGCUACGGAAACCGCUCUGAUCGUUUUGGCCGAAAAAGUCAAUCCUUACGGUGUGUCGAAGAGUGGACUCGAUCGUCGUAACGCGGCCAUAGUCGUCAGGCAAGAUAUCGAAACGAAAUGGAAGAAGGAGUUCACCUUGGAAUUUUCUCGAGAUCGUAAAUCCAUGUCCUCGUAUUGCGUACCAUUGAAACCUAGCAAACUUGGAACCGGACCGAAACUCUUUGUUAAGGGUGCACCCGAAGGCGUAUUGGAUAGAUGCACGCAUGCACGCGUUGGUACACAAAAGGUUCCUCUUACCUCGACUUUGAAAAAUCGUAUCUUGGAUCUGACGAGACAAUAUGGAACCGGACGAGAUACCUUGCGUUGUCUCGCACUGGCUACGGCCGAUCAUCCGAUGAAACCCGACGAAAUGGAUUUGGGCGACUCUACAAAGUUUUAUACUUACGAGAAGGAUCUUACGUUCGUCGGUGUCGUUGGUAUGUUGGAUCCACCACGUAAGGAAGUAUUUGACUCCAUUGUCAGGUGUCGUGCUGCUGGUAUCCGUGUUAUCGUUAUCACUGGUGACAACAAAGCUACCGCGGAAGCCAUUUGCCGACGAAUCGGCGUUUUCACCGAAGAGGAGGACACCACAGGAAAAUCUUAUUCUGGACGUGAAUUCGACGAUUUAUCGCCAGCCGAACAGAAAUCGGCAUGCUCGAGAGCCAGACUGUUCUCGCGCGUAGAACCAGCUCACAAAUCGAAGAUCGUUGAGUACUUGCAAAGCAUGAACGAGAUCUCGGCUAUGACCGGCGAUGGUGUAAACGACGCUCCUGCUUUAAAGAAAGCUGAAAUCGGUAUUGCUAUGGGUUCUGGAACGGCUGUAGCAAAGUCAGCUUCCGAGAUGGUAUUGGCCGACGACAAUUUCUCAUCUAUCGUUGCCGCCGUUGAAGAAGGUCGGGCCAUUUACAACAACAUGAAGCAGUUCAUUCGUUAUCUCAUCUCUUCUAAUAUCGGUGAAGUCGUAAGUAUAUUCUUGACGGCCGCUCUUGGUCUUCCCGAAGCUUUGAUCCCGGUUCAACUUCUCUGGGUCAACUUGGUCACUGAUGGUCUUCCAGCCACCGCUCUUGGUUUUAAUCCACCCGAUUUGGAUAUCAUGGAUAAGCCUCCCCGCAAAGCCGACGAAUCUCUUAUUUCUGGUUGGCUAUUUUUCCGAUACUUGGCCAUUGGUGGAUACGUAGGUGCUGCUACCGUAGGAUCGGCCGCGUGGUGGUUCUUGUAUAGUCCGCAUGGACCACAAAUGAAUUAUUAUCAAUUGACUCAUCACUUGGCUUGCAUCGGUGGUGGGGACGAGUUCAAAGGCAUUAACUGCAAGAUCUUUUCCGAUCCUCAUCCAAUGACCAUGGCUCUAUCGGUACUAGUAACCAUUGAAAUGUUGAACGCUAUGAAUAGCUUAUCGGAGAAUCAAUCACUCAUCACGAUGCCGCCUUGGUCCAACAUGUGGCUCAUCGCCUCCAUGGCUCUUUCCUUCACACUCCACUUUGUCAUUCUUUACGUCGACGUCCUUUCGUCCGUAUUCCAAGUGACUCCCUUAACGGGUGAAGAAUGGGUUACCGUUAUGAAGUUUUCCAUUCCAGUGGUACUUCUAGACGAAACCCUGAAGUUCGUUGCCAGAAAGAUCACAGAUGCAUCAAGAGUAUCCGCUUCAGUGAAGAGGUCGAAACUGGAGCUGCCUGAUAAAUUGCUGAGAUUUCAAGACAGUAACUUUGCAUGGAGUUCGGAUUGACGGAAACCUUAUUAAUAUUCCCGCACAUUGCCACGUGUCUUCCUUCCUGUUGGGAUAGUGCAUGCGUACAAACUCCUACAGCAUAUCCUAUGGUAUCUCCGAAUUCCCUGGUAAUUACAAUAAAAACGAUUUUAAAGAUCCUGCUGUGUCGUCUAUCAGUCAGGAUGAAUUUUUCAAAUUUGAUUUGAUUUCAUCAGCAUCCGUCUUGUAAGAUCUGAAAAGUAAUAAUUAAAGGCAUUAGCCUUUUGUUCGUUGCUAGUUUAUUUCCCUUUUAUAAUGAUGCGUCCUUAUAAAUUAAUAAUUACCUUGCCAAUUCGAAUAGAUUUGUAGAUAUGAAAGAUCGUAAACAAUAGAGAUGCUUAUUUGUUUGCAUCGACGCAUCCCUUUAUAGUAAUUAGUAUAUCGAUAGAAUAAUAUUCUCGAGUAUACGAAGUAAACGUUGGUUGCACGGUACCUUUUGUAUAUAUAUAUAUA